AUGCCUGCAACCCAGCAGGACCAUCCAUACAACCAGCCAUCCAUACAACCCAGCAGGACCAUCCGUACCACCCAGCAGGACCAUCCGUACCACCCAGCAGGGCCAUCCGUACCACCCAGCAGGACCAUCCGUACAACCCAGCAGGACCAUCCAUACCACCAGCAGGGCCAUCCAUACAACCAGCCAUCCAUACAACCCAGCAGGGCAUCCGUACCACCAGCAGGACCAUCCAUACAACCAUACAACCCAGCAGGGCCAUCCAUACAUCCAUACAACCCAGCAGGACCAUCCAUACGACCAGCAGGGCCAUCCAUACGACCCAGCAGGACCAUCCGUACAACCCAGCAGGACCAUCCGUACAACCAGCAGGACCAUCCGUACAACCCAGCAGGACCAUCCGUACCACCCAGCAGGGCCAUCGCGUACCACCAGCAGGGCCAUCCGUACCAACCAGCAGGGCCAUCCGUACCACCAGCAGGGCCAUCCGUACAACCCAGCAGGACCAUCCGGCCAUCCGUACAACCCAGCAGGACCAUCCAUACAACCAGCAGGGCCAUCCAUACCACCCAGCAGGACCAUCCGUACAACCCAGCAGAGCCAUCCGUACAACCCAGCAGGGCCAUCCGUACCACCCAGCAGGACCAUCCAUACAACCCAGCAGGGCCAUCCGUACAACCUAACCACCCAGCAGGGCCAUCCGUACAACCAGCAGCCAUCCAUACAACCCAGCAGAGCCAUCCGUCACCCAGGCCUCCGACCACCCAGAGGGCCAUCCGUCACCACCCAGCAGGGCCAUCCGUCAACCAUACAACCCAGCAGGGCAUCCGUACCACCCCAGCAGGGCCAUCCGUACCACCCAGCAGGACCAUCCGUACCACCCAGCAGGACCAUCCGUACCCCCAGCAGAGGCCAUCCGUACAACCCAUCAGGGCCAUCCGUACACCCAGCAGGGCCAUCCGUACCACCCAGCAGGACCAUCCCGUACAACCCAGCAGGGCCAUCCAUACAACCCCAGCAGGGCCAUCCAUACAACCCAGCAGGGCCAUCCGUACAACCCAUCAGGCCAUCCGUACACCCAGCAGGGCAUCCAUACAACCCAGCAGGGCCAUCCGUACACCCAGCAGGACCAUCCAUACAACCCAUCAGCGCCAUCCGUCAACCCCAUCAGGGCCAUCCGUACCACCCAGCAGGGCCAUCCGUACCACCCAGCAGGACCAUCCAUGUCGGUCUCCAUGUUCUAGUCUGGGAGAGGCCCGCGGUCCCUCUCAGGUUUACCUUGGAAGUCCUCAGUGCACAGCUUGCCAACGUGCUUGCGUUGCUGACGACCAGCGGAGGCGUGACCUGCUGUGUGACAAUCACGGUGGUGGUGAGGGGAGGAGCUUCAGGGCCCAUCGCUCUGUGCUGGCUUCCUGCAGCAAAUAUUUCACACACAGGGUUUCCUCCCACGCGGGCCCAGGGCUCGUCAUCACCCUGCCUCAGGAGGUGACGGCGAGUGGCUUUGAGCCCCUGCUGCAGUUUGCCUACACAUCCAAGCUGCUCUUCAGUAAAGAUACUGUCAUGGAGAUACGACACUGUGCCUCUAUUCUGGGUUUCAGGGAUCUGGACUCGGCCUGUUUCGACUUCCUGUUGCCCAAGUUCUUCAGCAGCAGUAGGGCCUCCUUCCAGAGGAAGACCUGCUGUAAGACACGGUGCAGGAGACAGUCCCCCAGGGCAGAGCUUAGCGACAUCGACACUAACAAGGAUGUCUUAGAGGAUGACAAAAGAGUCAAGGUGGUUUCUGAUUCGCCCGUUGAACAGAAUGUGGGUGGAGCCCCCUGCCAAAGCAGCCAACCAACAAAUGCCGUGACCGGAUGUAAAAGCGAAACCCCCGCCCCUCCUCCUGAAGUCAACAGCCAAUCAGACGCCCAGACUGACUACUCCCUGCGGUUCCCCAAGUUCCAGCUGGCUUGUGGGAAGGACAGUGUGUCUCUGGAGGUCUGCAGCCCAGAAACAGCCCUUGAUUCCCCAGUGGUCACUGAGGAGGGCUGCCCUCUGUCUCAGUCCCGGUCCUGUCUACCUUGCUCCUGUAGUGGGGGCUGUAAGGAGGGUCCUGCAGUGGAGAUCUCUGGAGAGAACUCCUCCCAUUGCGUACAGACUAACCAGGCAGGACAUGGAGAGGUUGAGGAGAGGAAAGGAGAGGAGGAUGGGGAAAAGAGAGAGGCAGACGGGGAGAACGUAGACAAGCACGAGAGGGUAGGAGAGGUGGAAGAGAGGAGGAGAGAAGCAGAGGAGGCUUCUGGAGUCAGCUGCCUUAGAUCUCCCCACAUGGAGGUUUCCAGUGUCAGCUGUGAACGGAGCCCACGGUUGGAUGAGGGGACAGUGGGUACUGCAUCACACCGAUGCCCCCUUGAGGAACCUGGGCUUGGUCAUCAGAGCCCUGGAGGUGUGGAGGAAGGAGGUUGUGUUCUAGGUGGUAGAGGGCACCAUGACGGGUUAGAUCCAGCUGUCUCCAUCACCAGUCAGCCAAAGACAGAACAGGAGCAGGGAAGGAGAGGACAGGGAGAGGAAGAGAGGAGAGAGAGCGGAUGGGAAGAGAGGAGCAGCAUGGAGACGGAGGUGGCUGAACACUUGGCCCAUGGUCUUUGGUCAGACCUCUCCUCUCCUCCUCCUUCCCUCCUCCAGGACUCGCUACCUGAGACUGGGCCUGAGACUGGGCCUGAGACUGGGCCUGAGACUGGGCCUGAGAACAUCCUGGGCAGCAGCUCCACCUUGAACCCCCGGAGCAUGAGCCCCAAGUUGGACUGGCUGUACCUCACCUCCAGCACCGGGGACUGUCCUUUCCUCCAGGGCCUGGACAGAGGGAUGGACAGAGGGAUGGACAUGGGAAUGGACAGUGGGACAGACAGGGAGAUGGACAGAGGGACAGGGUCAGGGGACGCCCAGCUGCCGGGCUGUGAGGGGUCAUCCCAGUCAGAGAAGAGUCCCUGUGUGUCCUCUCUGAGCUCUGGGGAUGAUGGAGACUCAGAUGGCUUCGAUACGGAGGGAGACAGUGAGUCCUGUUCCUACAGCCAGAAGGCUAGGAAGUUACAACUGCCAUUCUCUGUAGGUCAGAUUUUGGCGUUGAGCAGGAAUGACUUCCAGCUGACGUUGAGGCACCAGCCUCUGACCAGAGAACAGCUGGACUUUGUCCACGACGUCAGACGCAGGAGUAAGAACCGCACCGCAGCCCGGCGCUGUCGCAAGAGGAAGCUGGACUGUAUUCACAACCUGGAGUGUGAGAUUGACAAACUGAGGACAGAGAAGGACCAUCUCAUGUCAGAGAGGACCAAUCUGAUCCAGAUGAAACUGAAGACUUGGCAAAGUGUGUCUGAACUGUGUCAGGGGGUCUGCAGCGAGUCCGCCCUGAGUCCCGAACAACUCCAGGUCCUAGCCUCCCCAUAUUGCCCUCUCUCUGCUCUCAUCCCCCCCACAGACCCAGCCUCCCCUGGGCUAGAUGGACUACUACAGCCCCUGGCUUCUCUCUCGGCCUGCUCCUCAGCCUCUGAACCCCUAGAAUCUUAGACCAGCUAUCCCAAGGACACACCCAUAGGGGAGGAGCUAUCAGGUGAUUGGACAGACCCUCAGGUACAUAUCUGUGAACAGGUGACUGAUACCCUGCCCAUGGAACAGUGUGACCAACAAAAGGUAUUAGUCCGGACACCUGUAGCGACCACCAUCAUCUUCAUCACCACCAUCAUCAUCAUCACCAUCAUGACCACUAUGUUCUGCUUAUAAUAGGCAAUAACUCCUAAACAGAGGAAACAUUUCUAACCACUAGGCUACCUGGGGGAGGCAGGUUAGAGACAGGUAGCCUAGUGGUGGCAGGUAGCCUAGUGGUGGCA